AUGAAAGCUGUUCUUGCCAUCAUCUUCUUCGCUUGUAUCGCUGGCUCAAUGGCCGCUCGUGCUCGCGUUCAAAGUAUCGACACCAUCCUUGCUCAAGCUCAAAGCAUCGAUACCAUCCUUGCUCAAGUUGAAAGCAUCGCUCAAGGCAUCUUCAGUCAACUCGAAAGCACCGUCCUUGCUUCACUUCAAGGAGCUGUCAGCCAAAUCUCAGCUGCUAUUGGUGGACGAUUUGACCUCUUCAAUGACAUUGUCAGCCAAUUCAAACCCAUCCUCGACCAAUUCACCAGCCAAGCUCUUAGUCAAGUUCUUGGAAGCCUCUCAGGCAUUUUUGGUGGUGCUCGUGUCGAUCUUAGUGCCAUCUUCGACAACUUAUUCGCUGAAAUCCAAACUCAAGUCAAUGGAAUCACUCAACAAUUCCUCAAUCAAGGUUUAGCUGGUAUUCUCGGUGGAUUCGGAUCACGUGGUAUUGAUGAUAUCCUCAGCUCAAUCUCAUCAACCAUUGCCACCGCUGUUGCUGGUGCCCAAAGUGCUCUUACUGGUGCUCUCAGUAAUCUUCAAACUCUCGGAUCACAAAUUCUUGAUGCUUCAAAACCACACUUUGAACAACUUCAAGAACAACUCGCUGGUCAUGGCCUCAAUGUCCUUGGAUCAAUCUCUGAAACCAUCAACAACGUUCAUGGCUCACUCGUCGGAGGUCGUUAA